AUGGCGGCCACAGCAAACGAGACAGGUCACGCCUCCGCGGGUCUGAUCUUGAAGAUCCGCUAUCUGCUCGGCGAAAAUGGCUUUGUGUCCAACAAUCCAACCAUCUCAAUCCUUCUAGGCCUCAYCACAAUCCUCGUUUUGACAAGAAUUCUUAGCAAAGCCAAUGGAGAAUCAAAGUCUGUAGGCCAGGGAGCCAAAACAGUUCCUGGAGUGUCAUACUGGAUCCCAUUCUUCGGACACAUUCCAAACAUGGCCACCGACGCUGAUGGCUUCUUGUAUAGUCUGAGAAGCCGCUACAAGAAUGGCAUCUUUGCGUUGAACUUUGGAUCAACUCGACAUAACAUCUUGUAUACACCCGGUCUUGCAAYAGCUUUCGUCAAUCAGAAGAGUAUCCAUGCAGAUGCUGAGGAGGUUGGCAUGAGUUUUGUGCAAAAGGUGUUUGGCUUCCCAACCUCGGAAAUGAAGGGUUACAUGGCUGCACUACCCGAAUUGAUGUCUUGUUACAAGUAUCUCAUGAACGAGCCCUAUCUGGGAGACAUGGUGGAUUGCACAGCGGCCAAAACGAUGCAGAACAUCAACAAUCUCGUUACAUAUACGCAAAGCCCUGUGGAUCAAAUGCAGUGGGAGAAAGUCAGCAACGUUCAACUCCUUGGCGAAAAAGGGGAUGUAGCAGAAGCAAGUCUACUUCCCCUAAUCAGAGACUUCUGCGCCUGGAAUGCAAUCCCUUCACUUGUUGGAACGGAUUUCCUGGAGAACUUCCCAGACUUCUUCGACGAUAUCUGGAAGCUGGAUCGAGGAUUUCUCCUUCUGGCGGCAGGAUUGCCACGCUGGGUUCCAAUACCAAUGCUGAGUCAAGCCCAUCAAGCCCGGAAGAGAAUCCUUGACGCGUUGGAAGCCUUUCACAUAAACCUCGACAGGCAUCUCAAAGGAGAAGACGUCGAAUCGAAAUGGUCAAGCAUUGAUGACGUCGGUCCAUUCAUAAAGGCACGUACGGCAGUGUAUCAAAAACACAACAUCACCAUGCGGGCUCGAGCGGCCGCGGAGCAUGCCAUGGUCUGGGCGGCGAAUGCCAAUUCCAACACACUUGUCUUUUGGAUGAUCAAUCGCAUAUUCGCGGAUCGUACCGUCCUUGCGAUGCUGAGAGAGGAGGUUGCCCCAUAUGUGGAGAUUACACAUCCGAAGAACGAACUCCCCAUUCCAGAACUAUCACGCAUAUCAAAGAUUGAUGUUGAAGGUCUCUGUACGAAAUGUCCACUGUUGAAGAGCAGUUAUGUGGAGUGUCUACGCUUGGAUUCGGCGUCUUGGUCCUUCAAGGAAAUCAAGCAGGACUUUGUUCUGCAGAGUCGAGAGAAAGGUUCUCAACCUUAUUUGCUCAAAAAGGGAGACUAUGCACAUGCCGCUCAUGAUUUGCACAACACCGAUCCCAACUAUUUCGAGGACCCCAUGGUCUGGAAGGCUGACAGACAUAUCAAAUAUGAUGACAAGAAGGAAGGCGUGGCUGAUAUGGGUUCUAUUCGACCUUAUGGCGGUGGGUCGAGCAUGUGCAAAGGCAGAAGUUUCGCCAUGAAGGAAGCGCUCAUGUACACUGCAGCCAUGAUCACAAUGUGGGAAAUUCAGCCCGCUCAAGGUGGACCAUGGAAGAUGCCCAAACAUCGACGAGCAACCGGAGUGUAUGCCACAAGCGACGAUACAAGAGUCUGGGUGACACGUAGAAAGUUUGCUGCGCCGAAGUAG